CCAUCGUGUUAACCGCCUCUUACUAGUAAUAGAUGUGAUUUCUGUGGGCGACGGAGGGGAGUGCUGAGGCCUCGGUGAUUAAUAGUGAAUUCCCAUCGGCGGGCAUCUCUCUGCCCCUCUUGCGUGAUGUAAGAUCAGACGUAUCCUGCAUCGAAAAGUCCAGACACACAGCGCCGGGCUGGCGCUCGCACGCUCUCCGCAGGCGCGCUUUCGCACACCUUCCACAUCCUGCUCCUGGCAGAGCAAGGCGGACUGGCUGGACCCACCGACCAGGGAUUUCCAGUGACAUUUGUAAAUGACGCGGCUCCGUUCCAGGCUGCCAGCCGCCGCGGCCGGGCGGAGGGUGCCGCCGAGCAGUCUGCAGCACCGGCUCACCGGGGAGACCAUCAUGUCCCAGUUGCUCCUUGCCAUCCUCACUCUCUCGGGAUUAUUGCCUAAAGCCGGGGUGCUGACCGUGGGAGCCAACCAAGACCAGCCGUUGUGUGAUCCUGGUGAAUUUCUUUGCCACGACCACAUGACUUGCGUCUCCCAGAGCUGGCUGUGCGACGGGGACCCAGACUGCCCUGACGAGUCAGAUGAGUCUUUAGAUACCUGCCCCGAGGAGGUGGAGAUCAAGUGCCCCUUGAAUCACAUUGCUUGUCAUGGCACCAGCGCCUGUGUCCGUUUGUCACAACUGUGCGAUGGGGUGUUAGACUGCCCAGACGGCUCUGACGAAGGAGUGCACUGCCAGGAAUUGCUACCCAGUUGUCAGCAGCUGAAUUGCCAGUUUAAAUGUGCAAUGAUCAGAAAUAUUACAAGAUGUUAUUGCGAGGAUGGAUUUGCAAUAGCAGAAGAUGGGAGAAGCUGUAAAGAUCAAGAUGAAUGUAGCAUUUACGGAAUUUGCAGCCAGACCUGCUUGAAUACGUAUGGAUCCUAUGCUUGCAGUUGUGUGGAAGGCUAUAUAAUGCAGUCAGACAACAGAUCUUGCAAGGUCAAAAAUGAACCUACAGAUAUGCCACCAAUGUUACUAAUCGCAAGUCCUGAAACAAUUGAGGUCUUCUUCAUUAAUGGAAGUAAAAUAACAACCAUAAGCUCAGCCAACAGAAAUGAAAUCCAUACUUUAGACUUUAUUUAUAAUGAAGACAUGGUUUGUUGGAUUGAAUCAAGAGAGUCUUCCAAUCAACUCAAAUGUGGCCAGAUGACAAAAUCAGGAAGAUUAGCAGAUCAAAGGAUAAUUAACAUUCUUCAAUCUUUCCACAAUGUGGAACAAAUGGCAAUUGACUGGCUUGCCAGGAACUUCUACUUCGUGGACCAUGUCACUGACCGGAUCUUUGUCUGUAAUUAUAAUGGUUCUGUGUGUGUCACUCUGAUUGAACUGGAGCUUCACAGUCCCAAAGCCAUAGCAGCAGAUCCCAUCGCAGGAAAACUUUUCUUUACUGACUAUGGAACUGUUCCAAAAAUAGAGAGAUGUGACAUGGACGGGAUGAACAGAACAAGGAUAGUUUCCGCAAAGGCAGAACAGCCAGCUGCCCUGGCCUUGGAUAUCAUCAACAGAUUGGUUUAUUGGGUGGAUCCCUACUUGGACUAUGUGGGAGUUGUAGACUACCACGGCAAAAACAGGCACACUCUUGUUCAAGGCAGACAAGUUAAACAUCUCAACGGCAUAACUGUAUUUGAAGAUUAUUUAUAUGCAACCAGUUCUGAUAAUUUUAAUAUCAUGAGAAUAAACCGAUUCAAUGGCAGUGAUAUUCACCCGAUAAUUAAAAUGGAAAAUGCUCGAGGAAUCCGAAUCUAUCAGAAAAGAAUUCAGCCAACAGUCAGAAGCCAUGCCUGCGAAGUGGAUGGGUAUGGAAUGCCAGGCGGAUGUUCACACAUCUGUCUGCUCAGCAGCAGUUAUAAGACACGGACCUGUCGCUGCAGGACUGGCUUCAACUUGGGGAGUGAUGGCAGGUCAUGCAAAAGGCCAAAGAAUGAAUUGUUCCUCUUUUAUGGGAAAGGACGCCCAGGAAUUGUUAGAGGAAUGGACUUGAAUACCAAGAUAGCUGAUGAAUGCAUGAUCCCCAUAGAAAAUCUGGUAAACCCUCGUGCUUUAGAUUUUCAUGCGGAAGCUAAUUAUAUCUAUUUUGCUGACACGACCAGUUUCCUAAUUGGCCGGCAGAAGAUAGAUGGCACAGAGCGAGAAACCAUCCUGAAAGAUGAUCUGGAUAACGUAGAGGGCAUUGCAGUGGACUGGAUUGGAAAUAACCUUUACUGGACUAAUGAUGGUCACAGAAAAACCAUUAAUGUGGCCAGGCUGGAAAAGGCUUCUCAGAGCCGGAAAACUCUCCUGGAGGGAGAAAUGUCACAUCCAAGAGCAAUUGUGGUAGAUCCUGCCAAUGGUUGGAUGUAUUGGACAGACUGGGAGGAAGAUAAAAUAGAUGACAGCGUGGGAAGGAUUGAGAAAGCUUGGAUGGACGGCUUCAAUCGGCAGAUUUUUGUGACUUCAAAGAUGCUGUGGCCAAAUGGCUUAACGCUGGACUUUCACACCAGCACAUUAUACUGGUGUGAUGCCUACUAUGAUCAUAUUGAAAAAGUGUUUUUGAAUGGAACUCACAGAAAGAUUGUUUACAGUGGGAAAGAAUUGAAUCAUCCAUUUGGACUGUCACAUCAUGGAAAUUAUGUGUUCUGGACAGAUUACAUGAACGGUUCCAUUUUUCAACUAGAUUUGAUGACCAGUGAGGUGACAUUGCUGAGGCAUGAAAGAGCACCCCUGUUUGGGCUUCAGAUUUAUGAUCCACGAAAGCAACAAGGUGACAAUAUGUGUCGCAUUAACAAUGGGGGUUGUGGUACACUCUGCCUGGCGAUUCCAGCUGGCCGCGUGUGUGCCUGUGCUGACAAUCAACUUCUGGAUGAAAAUGGAACAACUUGCACAUUUAAUCCUGAAGAAACAAUGUUUCAUAUAUGCAAACUCGGAGAGUUUCGCUGCAAAAACAAACACUGUAUCCAAGCUCGAUGGACAUGUGAUGGAGACGAUGACUGCCUGGAUGGGAGUGAUGAGGACUCUGCCACUUGCUUCAAUCAUAGCUGUCCUGAUGAUCAGUUUAAAUGCCAGAAUAAUCGUUGCAUCCCCAAGAGAUGGCUGUGUGAUGGAGCAAAUGAUUGUGGAAGCAAUGAAGAUGAGUCUAAUCAAACAUGCACAGAAUUUCCAACUUGUGAGCCUUUAACUCAGUUCGUAUGCAAGAGUGGGAGAUGCAUCAGCAGCAAAUGGCACUGCGACACUGAGGAUGACUGUGGAGAUAGGAGUGAUGAGGUGGGCUGUAUUCACUCUUGCUUUGAGGACCAGUUCAGAUGUUCCAGUGGCCGGUGUAUACCAAGGCAUUGGGCCUGUGAUGGUGACAAUGACUGCGGAGACUUCAGUGAUGAAACACAUGUCAAUUGUACCAAAGAGGAAGUUCGUUCUCCUGCUGGCUGCAUUGGGAGUGAAUUUCAAUGCCACCCUGACGGAAACUGCAUUCCUGAUCUGUGGCGCUGUGAUGGAGAGAAGGACUGCGAAGAUGGCAGUGACGAAAAAGGUUGCAAUGGUACCAUUCGACUGUGUGACCACAAAACCAAGUUUUCCUGCGCGACUACAGGGAGAUGCAUCAACAAAGCCUGGGUAUGUGAUGGAGAUGUUGACUGUGAGGAUCAAUCUGAUGAAGAAGACUGUGACAGUUUCUUGUGUGGUCCACCCAAGUACCCUUGUGCUAAUGACACCUCCAUGUGCCUGCAGCCAGAGAAACUCUGCAAUGGGAGGAGGGACUGUCCAGAUGGGUCAGAUGAAGGCGAUCUUUGUGAUGAGUGUUCUCUAAACAAUGGAGGCUGCAGCAACCACUGCUCUGUUGUUCCUGGAAGAGGAAUCGUCUGCUCCUGCCCAGAGGGAUAUCAGCUCAAGAAAGAUAAUAGAACUUGUGAAAUCGUGGACUACUGUGCCUCCCACCUGAGGUGCAGCCAGGUGUGUGAGCAGCACAAGCACCUGGUCAAGUGCUCCUGUUACGAAGGCUGGACCCUGGGAGCAGAUGGGGAAAGCUGCACCAGUGUGGAUUCCUUUGAAGCAUUCAUCAUCUUUUCCAUACGACAUGAAAUCCGAAGGAUUGAUCUGCAUAAAGGAGACUACAGCCUACUUGUUCCUGGUCUGAGAAACACCAUAGCACUUGAUUUUCACUUCAAUCAAAGUUUACUUUAUUGGACGGAUGUUGUGGAGGACAGAAUAUACAGGGGAAAACUUUCAGAGAGUGGAGGUGUCAGUGCCAUAGAAGUGGUUGUGGAACAUGGCUUGGCAACUCCAGAAGGCCUGACAGUUGACUGGAUAGCAGGUAACAUAUACUGGAUAGACAGCAAUCUGGACCAAAUUGAAGUGUCUAAACUCGAUGGUUCUCUGCGAGCUACACUGAUAGCAGGAGCCAUGGAGCACCCCAGGGCCAUCGCACUGGACCCAAGAUACGGGAUUCUUUUCUGGACAGACUGGGAUGCCAACUUCCCUCGCAUUGAAUCUGCCUCUAUGAGUGGUGCUGGGAGAAAAACCAUCUAUAAAGACAUGAAAACUGGGGCAUGGCCUAAUGGGCUAACUGUGGAUCACUUUGAGAAAAGAAUAGUUUGGACAGAUGCCAGGUCAGAUGCUAUUUAUUCAGCCUUCUAUGAUGGAACUAACAUGAUAGAAAUUAUCCGAGGACAUGAGUACCUGUCACAUCCCUUUGCUGUGUCUUUGUAUGGGAGUGAGGUGUACUGGACAGACUGGAGGACCAACACACUGGCCAAAGCCAACAAGUGGACAGGGCAGAAUGUCAGUGUGAUUCAGAAGACCAGUGCACAGCCGUUUGACCUUCAGAUAUACCAUCCCAGUAGACAGCCACAAGCUCCGAAUCCUUGUGCGGCCAAUGAAGGCAGAGGCCCCUGUUCUCACCUGUGUCUCAUCAAUCACAAUAGGAGCGCAGCCUGUGCCUGCCCACACCUCAUGAAGCUUUCCUCUGACAAGAAGACCUGCUACGAAAUGAAAAAGUUUCUUCUUUACGUGAGACGUUCUGAGAUCCGAGGAGUGGACAUUGACAAUCCAUAUGUGAACUUCAUCACAGCCUUCACUGUCCCAGACAUUGAUGACGUUGCUGUAAUAGACUUCGAUGCCUCUGAAGAACGUCUGUACUGGACAGACAUCAAAACACAGACCAUAACACGGGCUUUCAUCAAUGGAACAGGGCUAGAAACAGUUAUUUCAAGAGAUAUUCAGAGUAUCAGAGGGUUAGCAGUGGACUGGGUUUCACGUAACUUAUACUGGAUUAGCUCAGAAUUUGAUGAAACACAAAUUAAUGUGGCAAGGCUAGACGGCUCUUUGAAAACCUCAAUUAUCCAUGGAAUCGAUAAACCGCAGUGUCUGGCAGCUCACCCAGUCAGAGGGAAACUGUACUGGACAGAUGGAAAUACAAUAAACAUGGCAAAUAUGGAUGGAAGUAACAGCAAGAUUCUCUUUCAGAACCAAAAGGAACCAGUUGGUCUGUCGAUAGACUAUGUGGAGAAUAAGCUUUAUUGGAUCAGUUCUGGAAAUGGAACCAUAAACCGGUGCAACCUGGAUGGUGGUAAUUUAGAAGUAAUAGAGUCAAUGAAAGAAGAAUUAACAAAAGCUACAGCCUUAAGCAUCAUGGAUAAGAAACUCUGGUGGGCAGACCAAAACUUAGCUCAACUGGGAACCUGUAACAAAAGAGAUGGAAGGAAUCGCACCAUCCUGAGAAAUAAGACUUCCGGAGUUGUUCACAUGAAAGUGUAUGACAAAGAAAUGCAACAAGGCAGUAAUUCUUGCCACCUCAACAAUGGCGGGUGCUCUCAGCUUUGCUUACCAACAUCUGAAAACACGAGGACCUGCGUGUGUACAGUGGGCUAUUAUCUCCAGAAGAACCGCAUGUCCUGCCAAGGUAUAGAAUCUUUUCUUAUGUACUCAGUUCAUGAAGGAAUCCGGGGGAUAGCUCUUGAACCAAGUGACAAAAUGGAUGCUCUGAUGCCUAUAUCAGGAACUGCAUUUGCUGUGGGGAUAGAUUUCCAUGCAGAAAAUGACACCAUCUAUUGGACAGACAUGGGCCUUAAUAAAAUCAGCAGAGCUAAAAGAGACCAGACUUGGAAAGAAGACAUUGUUACCAAUGGCUUGGGGAGAGUGGAAGGAAUAGCUAUUGACUGGAUUGCUGGCAACAUAUAUUGGACAGAUCAUGGUUUCAAUUUAAUUGAAGUUGCGAGACUCAACGGCUCUUUCCGUUAUGUAAUUAUUUCCCAAGGUCUGGAUCAACCAAGAUCUAUCGCUGUGCACCCAGAAAAAGGCUUCUUGUUCUGGACUGAAUGGGGACAAAUGCCCUGCAUUGGGAGAGCUCGCCUCGAUGGUUCUGAGAAGGUCAUGAUUGUAAGCAUGGGAAUAGUAUGGCCAAAUGGCAUCUCCAUUGACUAUGAGGAAAAUAAAUUAUACUGGUGUGAUGCUCGCACAGACAAGAUAGAGAGAAUUGACCUUGACACUGGCGAGAAUCGUGAAGCGGUGCUGUCCGGGAGCAAUGUGGAUCUGUUUUCCGUUGCAGUCUUUGGGGCUUACAUCUACUGGUCUGACAGAGCACAUGCCAAUGGGUCGGUCAGAAGAGGCCAUAAGAAUGAUGCCACGGAAACAAUAACCAUGAGAACGGGACUUGGAGUCAACCUAAAGGAGAUCAAAAUUUUUAACCGAGUGAGAGAGAAAGGAACCAAUGUCUGUGCCAAAGAAAAUGGUGGCUGUAAGCAGCUAUGCCUUUAUCGAGGACAUUCUCGGAGAACUUGUGCCUGUGCCCAUGGAUAUUUGGCUGGGGAUGGAGUUACUUGUCUAAGGCACGAGGGUUAUUUGCUAUAUUCUGGAAGAACAAUAUUAAAAAGCAUACAUCUUUCUGAUGAAACCAAUUUAAAUUCCCCAGUACGUCCUUAUGAGAACCCACAUUAUUUCAAGAAUAUCAUUGCCCUGGCCUUUGACUACAAUCAAAGAAAAGAAGGUACCAAUCGGAUCUUUUACAGUGAUGCACACUUUGGAAAUAUACAGCUUAUUAAAGAUAAUUGGGAAGACAGACAAGUAAUUGUGGAAAAUGUGGGCUCCGUCGAGGGCCUCGCCUAUCACAGAGCCUGGGAUACCCUGUACUGGACCAGCUCCAGCACGUCCUCCAUCACCAGGCACACAGUAGACCAGACUCAGCCGGGAGCGAUUGACAGGGAAGCAGUCAUCACCAUGUCAGAGGAUGACCACCCUCAUGUGCUAGCUUUAGAUGAAUGCCAAAAUUUAAUGUUUUGGACGAAUUGGAAUGAACAGCAUCCCAGCAUCAUGCGAGCCACGUUGACCGGGAAGAAUGCACACGUGGUGAUUAGCACAGACAUACUCACUCCGAAUGGACUCACCAUUGACCACCGUGCAGAAAAGCUGUAUUUCUCAGAUGGCAGCUUAGGAAAAAUUGAGAGAUGUGAAUACGAUGGAUCCCAAAGACAUGUGAUUGUUAAAUCUGGACCAGGAACUUUCCUUAGUCUGGCAGUUUAUGACAACUAUAUCUUCUGGUCAGACUGGGGACGAAGAGCUAUUUUGCGUUCCAAUAAGUACACAGGAGGAGAAACAAAAAUUCUUCGUUCUGAUAUUCCACAUCAGCCAAUGGGAAUCAUAGCUGUUGCUAAUGAUACCAAUAGCUGUGACCUCUCUCCGUGUGCAUUGCUGAAUGGAGGCUGCCAUGACCUCUGCCUUUUAACUCCAGAUGGAAGAGUGAAUUGCUCCUGUAGAGGGGAUCGAAUAUUGCUAGCUAACAACAGAUGUGUGACUAAAAACUCUUCUUGCAACAUUUACUCUGAGUUUGAGUGUGGAAACGGGGAGUGUGUUGACUACGGCCUCACCUGUGACGGUACCCCUCACUGUAAGGACAAAUCUGAUGAAAAGCUGCUCUACUGUGAAAACAGAAGUUGCCGAAGUGGGUUUAAACCUUGCUACAAUCGUCGUUGUGUUCCCCAUGGCAAACUCUGUGAUGGUGCAAAUGAUUGUGGAGACAGCUCUGAUGAACUGGACUGUAAAGUGUCAACCUGCUCCACUGUAGAGUUCCGCUGUGCAGAUGGGACUUGCAUUCCAAGAUCAGCUCGAUGCAACCAAAACAUGGACUGUUCAGAUGCUUCAGAUGAAAAAGGCUGCAAUAAUACAGAUUGCACGCAUUUCUAUAAACUUGGAGUGAAAUCCACAGGAUUCAUAAGAUGUAAUUCUACCUCGCUGUGUGUUCUGCCAAGUUGGAUAUGUGAUGGGUCUAAUGACUGUGGAGACUAUUCAGACGAAUUAAAGUGCCCAGUUCAAAACAAACACAAAUGUGAAGAGAAUUAUUUCAGUUGUCCCAGUGGAAGAUGCAUUCUGAAUACGUGGGUGUGUGAUGGUCAGAAGGACUGUGAGGACGGGCUAGAUGAGCUUUACUGUGAUUCUUCUUGCUCUUGGAAUCAAUUUCCUUGUUCUGAACAAAAAUGUAUUUCUAAACACUGGAUCUGUGAUGGAGAGGAUGACUGUGGCGAUAGCUUAGAUGAAAGUGACAGCAUUUGUGGUGCUGUCACUUGUGCAGCUGACAUGUUCAGCUGUCAGGGCUCCCAUGCCUGUGUGCCUCGACAUUGGUUGUGUGACGGUGAGAGGGACUGUCCAGAUGGCAGUGAUGAGCUCGCCACGGCAGGCUGUGCACCCAAUAAUACAUGUGAUGAAAAUGCUUUCAUGUGCCGUAACGAGGUGUGCAUUCCCAAGCAGUUUGUGUGUGACCAUGAUGAUGACUGCGGAGAUGGCUCAGACGAGUUCCUGCAGUGUGGAUACCGGCAGUGUGGUGCGGAAGAGUUCCGCUGUGCUGAUGGCCGCUGCCUAGUGAACACUCUAUGGCAGUGUGACGGUGACUUUGACUGUCCUGACAGAUCAGACGAGGCACCAAUCAACCCGAAGUGCAGGAGUGCAGAACAUUCAUGCAACAGUUCAUUUUUUAUGUGCAAAAAUGGCAGGUGCAUUCCCAGCGGUGGUCUUUGUGACAAUAGGGAUGACUGCGGUGACGGCUCAGAUGAAAGAAACUGCCACAUAAAUGAAUGUCUGAGUAAGAAAAUCAGUGGCUGUUCUCAAGAUUGUCAGGAUUUGCCAGUCAGUUACAAGUGCAAAUGCUGGCCUGGGUUUCAACUGAAGGAUGAUGGUAAAACAUGUGUAGACAUUGAUGAAUGUUCUUCAGGCUUCCCCUGUAGUCAGCAAUGCAUCAAUACAUAUGGAACCUACAAAUGCCGCUGUGCAGAAGGCUAUGAAAUACAGCCCAAUAACCAAAAUGGCUGCAGAUCACUCUCAGAAGAAGAACCCUUCUUAAUUCUUGCUGAUCAGCAGGAGAUAAGAAAAAUCAGCAUGGAUGGGUCCAACUACACACUAUUAAAGCAGGGAUUAAACAAUGUUAUUGCUAUCGACUUUGAUUAUAGAGAACAAUUCAUAUAUUGGAUUGAUUCUAACAGACCCAAUGGAAGUCGCAUAAACAGAAUGUGUCUGAAUGGAAGUGACAUCAAGGUAGUGCAUAACACUGCUGUCCCCAAUGCACUUGCUGUGGAUUGGAUUGGAAAAAACCUCUAUUGGUCUGACACAGAGAAAAGGAUAAUUGAAGUAUCCAAACUCAAUGGCUUGUACCCUACUGUACUUGUUAGCAAAAGGCUGAAGUUUCCCAGGGACCUGUCUUUAGAUCCACGAGCCGGGAAUUUGUACUGGAUUGACUGCUGUGAGUAUCCUCACAUUGGCCGUGUUGGAAUGGAUGGAACCAAUCAGAGUGUUGUCAUAGAAACCAAGAUUUCUAGACCGAUGGCACUGACAAUAGAUUAUGUCAACCAUAGACUCUACUGGGCUGAUGAAAAUCAUAUUGAAUUUAGCAACAUGGAUGGGUCUCAUAGACACAAAGUCCCUAAUCAAGAUAUUCCAGGGGUGAUUGCACUAACCUUGUUUGAAGACUACCUCUACUGGACUGAUGGGAAAACCAAGUCACUCAGCCGAGUCCAUAAAACCUCGGGAGCAGACAGACUCUCACUGAUUAACUCAUGGCAUGCCAUCACGGACAUCCAGGUGUAUCAUCCUUAUAGACAACCUGAUGUCUCCAAACAUCUUUGUACCGUAAAUAAUGGUGGUUGCAGCCAUUUGUGCCUUUUAGGCCCCGGGAAGACCCACACCUGUGCCUGUCCCACCAACUUCUACCUCGCAGCUGAUAAUAGAACUUGUUUAUCCAACUGCACAGCCAGUCAGUUUCGAUGCAAAACUGAUAAAUGCAUCCCUUUCUGGUGGAAAUGUGACACUGUGGAUGACUGUGGUGAUGGAUCCGAUGAGCCCGAGGACUGUCCUGAAUUUAAGUGUCAGCCAGGUCGAUUUCAGUGUGGGACAGGACUCUGUGCCCUCCCUGCUUUCAUCUGUGAUGGAGAGAAUGACUGUGGAGACAACUCAGAUGAACUGAACUGUGACACACACAUCUGCUUGCCAGGUCAGUUCAAGUGUACCAUGAACAGGAAAUGUAUCCCAAUAAACCUCAGAUGUAAUGGACAAGAUGAUUGUGGCGACGAGGAAGAUGAAAGGGACUGUCCUGAAAACAGCUGCUCUCCUGACUAUUUCCAAUGUAAGACUACAAAGCACUGCAUCUCCAAGCUGUGGGUUUGUGAUGAGGACCCAGACUGUGCAGAUGCCUCUGAUGAGGCCAACUGUGAUAAAAAGACUUGUGGACCUCAUGAAUUCCAGUGUAAGAACAACAACUGUAUUCCAGAUCACUGGCGGUGUGAUAGCCAGAAUGACUGCAGUGAUAAUUCUGAUGAAGAAAACUGCAAGCCACAGACCUGCACACUGAAAGACUUUCUCUGCAGCAACGGGGACUGUGUCUCGUCAAGGUUCUGGUGUGACGGGGAGUUUGACUGUGCCGAUGGCUCUGACGAGAAAAAUUGUGAAACAAGUUGUUCCAAAGACCAAUUUCAGUGCUCCAAUGGACAGUGCCUGUCAGAGAAAUGGAAGUGUGAUGGACAUGAAGACUGUAAAUAUGGAGAAGAUGAGAAAAACUGUGAACCAGCCUUUCCUGCCUGCUCGUCAAGUGAAUACAUGUGUGCAGCUGGAGGUUGUCUGUCAGCAUCUUUGAAAUGUAAUGGAGAACCUGACUGUGUUGAUGGUUCAGAUGAGAUGGAUUGUGUGAUAGAAUGUAAGGAAGAUCAGUUUCGAUGCAAAAAUAAAGCAUACUGUAUUCCGAUCCGAUGGCUGUGCGAUGGAAUUUAUGACUGUGUGGAUGGCAGUGAUGAAGCCAACUGUGACAGAGGAGGAAGUAUAUGCAGAGCUGAUGAGUUCCUGUGCAAUAAUUCCCUUUGCAAGCUCCAUUUCUGGUUUUGUGAUGGAGAAGAUGACUGUGGAGACAACUCAGAUGAAGCCCCUGACGUGUGUGUCAAAUUUCCUUGCCCACCCACAAGGCCUUACAGAUGCAGAAAUGACAGGAUUUGCUUGCAACUUGAGAAAAUAUGCAAUGGGAUUAAUGACUGUGGGGACAACUCUGACGAAGAUCACUGCAGUGGUAAACUGUUAUUUAAAGCCACGCCUUGUAGGAAGGAUGAAUUUACUUGCAGUAACAAAAAUUGCAUCCCCAUGGAGCUGCAGUGUGAUGGGCUUGAUGACUGCGGAGAUGGCUCGGAUGAGCAAGGCUGUACAAAGACUCCCACUGAGCACACCUGUGAGAACAAUGGGAAGUCUUGUGGAGAUGACGCAUAUUGUAAUCAAGUAAAAACAUCUGUUUUCUGUCGAUGUAAGCCUGGAUUUCAGAGAAACAUGAAAGGCAAGGAGUGUGAAGAUCUCAAUGAAUGCCUGCUGUUUGGCAUAUGCUCCCACCACUGUCUAAACACACAAGGAUCCUAUAAGUGUGUCUGUGACCAGAACUUUCAAGAAAAAAACAACAGCUGUAUAGCAAAAGGCUCUGAAGAUCAAGCUCUCUACAUAGCUAAUGACACUGACAUCCUGGGUUUUGUAUAUCCAUUCAACUACAGUGGCGGUCAUCAGCAGAUUUCUCAUGUUGAACGUAAUUCAAGAAUAACAGGGAUGGAUGUGUAUUAUCAAAGAAAUGUGAUUGUCUGGAGUACUCAGUUUAAUCCAGGUGGGAUUUUCUACAAAAUGAUCGAUGGCAGAGAAAAGAAGCCAACGCAUAGUGGCUUGAUUUGUCCUGAGUUUAAAAGGCCACGAGACAUUGCAGUUGACUGGGUUGCAGGAAAUAUUUAUUGGACUGAUCAUUCUAGAAUGCACUGGUUCAGCUAUUAUACUACUCACUGGACCAGCCUGAGGUACUCCAUUAAUGUAGGACAGUUCAACGGCCCCAACUGCACCAGACUCUUGACCAAUAUGGCUGGCGAGCCCUAUGCUAUUGCUGUAAAUCCUAAAAGAGGGAUGAUGUACUGGACUGUAAUUGGAGAUCACUCCCAUAUAGAAGAAGCAGCGAUGGAUGGCACUCUGAGGAGGAUCUUAGUACAAAAAAACUUACAGAGACCCACAGGUUUGACUGUUGACCACUUCGGUGAACGCAUCUACUGGGCUGACUUUGAGCUCUCCAUCAUUGGUAGUGUCCUGUAUGAUGGUUCCAGUCCAGUGGUCUCUGUGAGCAGCAAGCAAGGUUUGUUGCAUCCUCACAGAAUUGAUGUCUUUGAAGAUUAUAUAUAUGGAGCAGGACCUAAAAAUGGUGUAUUUAGAGUUCAAAAAUUUGGCCAUGGCUCAGUAGAGGUCCUAGCUUUAGAUGUUGACAAAACAAAGAGUGUUUUGAUAUCACAUCGCUAUAAACAACUAAAUUUACCCAAUCCUUGCUUGGAUUUAUCAUGUGAUUUCCUCUGCUUGCUGAAUCCUUCUGGGGCCACGUGUGUCUGCCCAGAAGGAAAAUACAUGAUGAAUGGAACCUGCAAUGAUGACAGUCUGUUAGAUGACUCCUGCAAACUGACUUGUGAAAAUGGAGGAAGAUGCAUUUUAAAUGAGAAAGGUGAUCUGAGAUGCCAUUGCUGGCCCAGUUACUCAGGAGGAAGGUGUGAAGUCAACCAUUGUAGCAACUACUGUCAGAACGGAGGGACAUGCAUACCAUCCCCUCUAGGAAGACCGGCCUGUAUCUGUGCCUUGGGCUUUACUGGGCCCAACUGUGGCAAGACAGUCUGCGAAGAUUCUUGUCACAAUGGUGGGAGCUGUGUUGUGACUGCUGGGAAUCAAGCCUAUUGCCACUGCCAGUCGGACUACACUGGAGACAGAUGCCAGUACUAUGUGUGCCACCACUAUUGUGUGAAUUCAGAAUCAUGUACCAUUGGGAAUGAUGGAAGUGUUGAAUGUGUCUGUCCAACACGCUACGAAGGACCGAAAUGUGAGGUUGACAAAUGUCUGCGAUGCCAUGGGGGACACUGUAUAAUAAAUGAAGACAGUGAAGAUAUAGUUUGCAACUGCACUAAUGGAAAGAUUGCCUCUAGCUGUCAAUUAUGUGAUGGCUACUGUUACAAUGGUGGCACAUGCCAGCUGGACCCUGAGACUAGUGUACCUGUGUGUGUGUGCUCCACUAAUUGGUCAGGUACACAGUGUGAGAGGCCAGCCCCAAAGAGCAGCAAGUCUGAAUACAUCAGCACAAGAAGCAUUGCUAUCAUCGUGCCUCUCGUCCUCCUGGUGACUUUGGUAACAACUCUAGUGAUUGGUUUGGUAGUUUGUAGGAGAAAAAGAAGAACAAAGACAAGUAGAAGACAGCCCAUCAUCAAUGGAGGAAUAAAUGUGGAAAUUGGGAAUCCAUCCUACAAUAUGUAUGAAGUGGACCAUGAACACAGUGGUGGAGGUCUUUUAGAACCAAGUUUCAUGAUAGAUACAGUGAAGUCCAGGUACAUAGGGGGAGGGCCCAGUGCGUUCAAGCUCCCACACACAGCACCGUCCAUCUACCUAAACUCUGAUUUGAAAGGACCACUAACUUCUGGGCCAACAAAUUAUUCUAAUCCAGUAUAUGCAAAAUUGUAUAUGGACGGACAGAACUGUCGAAACUCCUUAGGAAGUGUUGAUGAGCGGAAAGAACUGCUUCCAAAGAAAAUUGAAAUUGGCAUCAGAGAAACAGUGGCAUGAUGCAGGACAUUUUUCUACGCUGUAUAAAUGUAUAAAAUAUAAGGAUUACUUUUGUAUGUUCCAACAGUAUUAUACUUAUUUUAGCUUCAGCAUUAUUUCUUUAUCCUUUUCCUGGUUAAUUAUUUUCUG